GAAUCUGAAUAAUGGAAAGCCUGCGUUGCAACUCGCAGACGCCGUGUUUGAAAUCAGAAAGAAAACAAACAGUCCCUGAAAGCAAAAUGAUGAAAAGGUUUCCUGCUUUUGAAUGAAAUGGAGAUCCUGUUAUUGGGCUGCUCCUUUGACCCUCUAUGAUAAUUGGCAACCGUGUUGAACCAAUUUUGUAACUGCACGUCCAAAAGAAAACGUCUACAAUGUUCCCUGCCAAUCACAAAACAGUUUUUGUGUUGGAUCAUACACCACAGUUUGGCUCUUCUUAUGAUUCUGUUGUUGAACUCGAUAUGGGGAACAAACCUCGGGGGUUGAGUAUGAUUCCACUGUCACCUAUUUACAAAAGCCUUUGGACUGCGAGUGUUGAAGCUGCCUUAGAAUACUGUCGAAUUGUGUGGGAUCUGUUCCCAGAGAAAAAAUACGUUCGAUUUGUUGUUAGCGAUACCCGAGGGCAAGUACUGAAUUCGUGGAGUCCUGGUCACCAAAAUCUGGCGUGUAUUCAAAACCAACUGGGUCUCAUUGGAGUGCCUGCUCCUGCCUCUCGUUCUGUCCAGUCUGAAAGUUCCAUUUUCCCGGGAUUACAGGCUGCUGUAGAUGCCAUUUGUCAAUGUACUGAUGUUCAACAUGAAAAGAGGACAUCUCUUAGUGACAAUUCUAAUAAGAUCCUUAAUAGAUCAAGAGUGAUAUGCAUCACAACUCAAAAGGAUAACCAGUCUAUAAAGAAUCUUCAAGAUAUGUUCAUUAAAUUUGUAAAUCAGUCAAACAAAAAGGCUGCAAGUUCUGAUACGUUGAUACCAAUCAAUCACUGCCACCUUGUCAUUUUAAAUGUGACUCCAAGAAAUGGUGAGCCAUGUCUUGUGAAUCCAGUGCCAGCAACAGAUAUUUCUUCAACUGUUACCUCAGAAGUUCAUGCGGUUCUUCCAAAUGGCAACAUUGCUGUGAAACUUUCACAUUUGAUCCUUCAGCACUAUGACCUAGCUUCAACUACAGUGACAGGGAUUCCAAUGAAAGAAGAACAAAAUGCAAGUUCCUCAGCCAACUAUGAUGUGGAGAUUUUUCACCGUUCUGAGGCACACGCAUCAAUAUUAAAAGGGAAUGCCCAGGACACAGCUCUAGUUCGCACUCUAAGGGAAGGCUGUGAGUAUGAUACAGUUACUCUGAAGUGGUGCACUCCUCGCGGUGCAAGUGCAUCAGAAAUGCAUCACUGUACUGUAAUGCACAGAAUUACACCUGUUGAUGUCAAUAGCCGACCUUCAUCAUGUUUAAUAAACUUCCUCCUUAAUGGCCGAUCAGUCAUGCUUGAAAUGCCUCGCAAAAGUGGUGGCAAAGUUCUGUCUCAUAUGCUUGCUGCUCAUGGCGGUGAAAUUUUUGUUCACACUCUUGGCACAUCUCGCAGUGUCUUGGAAGACCCUCCGUCUAUAAGUGAAGGUCCUGGAGGCAGAGUCACUGAUUAUAGGAUUCCAGAUUUUGGCCAGCUUAUGAAAAAGAACAAACUAUUACCUUUAAAGAGGAAACGACCUGAGGGUUCGGAUUCAAAAGAAGACGUCAUAAUGCCUUUGGACCGCAUGCGUCAACGUUUAGAGAGAUAUACAAAACAAUGGCCAAUCACAAUAUCUUCUACAAGUGUUUUUAAUCUUAGACCUGAGCUAGAUCCUUUGUUAAAUGCAAUAGUUAAAGAAACUAUAUCAGAGGAUGAAGUUCUUCAGUGUAAACAGGUUAUUUUGAGUCUCAUUGCACAAGAAACAAGAAAUGAGCCAUUGCAACCAUCAUCAAGUGGGCAACGAACAAAAGGCCCUAAAAGGGAUGAGCAGUACCGACAAAUGUUUGCGGAGCUUGAAAGCCUUAUUAGAUCACAUUGUCGUUCUGAUCAACAUACUGCAGUUCUGAAUUGUCUCCUUGACUGUCGUAAUCGGGCUGAUGAUGAUCCUAAGGCGAAAUUGGAGCGUAAAGAUGAUAAAGUUGAACUUGAUCAAGCUUUGAGAGAACUGGACCAAAUGUCUGCAUCUCCAAACCCUUCAGUGAAUGGCCAGAGAGUAAGUGUGAUAAGAGCAACAACAGACUCGCCUAUGUCACCUCCCGCAAUGUCUGGUCCCACAUUGCCACUUUCAAACUCAAGAGGUCAUUCACGCACAUCUUCACACAGCAUUUACUCUUCUGGUCCCCGCACAGUCCUUGACUUUCUUAUUACAACUUCUGAUUCCAAAGCUACCAGACCAGAAUUUCAUGGAUUAUUAAAUUCUGAAUCAGGGCCCAACGGAAGUAAAGUUGCCAAGUUAUAUGCACACUUAAAUCAGGAUGGGGGAAAAGCUGAUUCAUCUGUAAAUGAAGCUGAAUAGUUUGCAUUUGUUUCUAUUUUAUCUGUGAUCCGUUUAAAUGUUCAAUAGUAGCCCCAUCAAUCUUUUGGAACAGCUUAUUGAUCUCAAAAUUAACACCCUGUAUUCCAAUCGUGUCUACAAUACAGUGUGGCUCAUCCAACAAUUUUUUAAAUGCAUUACUGUAUAAAUUUUACUCCUGUAUAAUAAACUGAAGAUUAAAAAAUACUGAAAUUUA